UUACCAAGGUAAAGAGACUACUCAUGAAUACAUGAAGGAGCAAAGGAAAGAGAAGGCAGCAUUGACAUGUUACAGACACCAAAUGCAAAGAACAAACCACCGAGAACAAACAACAAUGAGCUGCUGGGUGUGCUUUGCCACAGAGGAGGACGACCGCACAGCAGAGUGGGUGCGACCAUGUCACUGCCGUGGCUCCACCAAGUGGGUUCACCAGGCUUGCUUGCAGCGCUGGGUGGAUGAAAAGCAGCGGGGCAACAGCACAGCUCGCGUGGCCUGCCCUCAGUGUAAUGCAGAAUACCUCAUCGUCUUUCCUAAAUUAGGUCCAGUGGUCUACGUGUUGGACCUCGCCGACCGGCUCAUCUCUAAGGCAGGACCCUUUGCGGCUGCUGGCAUCAUGGUGGGCUCCAUCUACUGGACUGCUGUCACAUACGGAGCUGUGACCGUCAUGCAGGUGGUGGGUCAUAAAGAGGGCCUGGACGUCAUGGAGCGGGCUGACCCCUUGUUUCUGCUCAUUGGCCUGCCCACCAUCCCCGUCAUGCUGAUCCUUGGCAAGAUGAUCCGCUGGGAGGACUACGUCCUGCGUCUGUGGAGGAAGUAUUCUAACAAACUGCAGAUCCUCAACAGUAUCUUCCCAGGGAUUGGCUGCCCGGUUCCUCGGAUCCCCGCAGAGGCCAGCCCCCUCGCGGACCACGUGUCGGCCACGCGCAUCCUGUGCGGCGCCCUCGUCUUCCCCACCAUCGCCACCAUCGUCGGGAAGCUCAUGUUCAGUAGUGUCAACUCCAACCUGCAGAGGACCAUCCUGGGAGGCAUCGCCUUUGUUGCCAUCAAGGGAGCGUUUAAGGUUUACUUCAAACAGCAGCAGUACAUGAGGCAAGCCCACCGUAAGAUCCUCAACUUCCCUGAGCAGGAGGAAGCCUGAGGAGGAGGAGGGAGGGAGGGAGGGAGGACGACUGGAUGGACAGAUGGACAAAACACAUACACACUCGCGCACACACACACACACACACACACACACACGCGCGCCUCUGCUGAAGCCGUCGGGAGGGGAUAAAAACGUCAGACCCAGAGAGGGAAGUGACUUUAGAUCAGCGUCAUCCUCAUUUAUCUGCUCCGAUCCACGCCUCUGCAAUCACCUGCUGAUUUUAAUCUUCCGAUGCGUUUUUUUUGUUGGAUGAAGACGGAUCAGACAGAUGGAAACACACACACACACACACACACACACACACACACACACACACACACACACUCUAACUACAUGAAGAACUUGUGCAGAGUGGAUGUCGCAUAACUAAUAACUUGUUGUGAACUUAAUUGUAUUUUAAAGGAGGAAAGAGAGAGAAAAAAAUGUUGGGCGUGUGUAAUUAUAAAGUUUUAUAUUAAUAAUAAUAAUAA